AUGUCAAUAAAGAGACGAGCAACCACCGACCUAAAUCAUGACAAUUGGGAUCAAGAAGAGAAGGAUGAAAAAGAAAUGGGCUCGUAUAAAAUUGCAUCCGAAGAAGUUCUUGAAAAGCGUGUUAUAAGAACUGCCAAACGAAGAUUCCAAAAUGUUGGAGAUGAGGCUAAAAAACCCGUCUUUAGUGGAUUUGGUGGGUUCAAUAAAACUCAGCCUUCAUCAUUCGAUUUUCUAGCAAAUUUAACAAAUGGCACUAAGACGAAUGCUACUGCCACAACUACAACAGCUUCUAUUUCUAGUAAUCCUUUUGCCCCUUCAAAGCACCAGCUGCUUCAGUUUUCACAGCAAGCUUUAAUUCUAAGUCUUCAGAAGUAUCCAACCCACCAG